UCUCUUUAGCUAAGCUACAUCCUCUUUGUCAUAGUCUCUAUUAGUUCUCAUACUCUCUCCCAUUGCUGCUCCUCCAACUGCAUUUUUCCCUACCCCUGCUCUCCUCUCUCUCUCUCUCUCUCUUUAUUUAAUCUACAUCCUUUCCUGUAAUUGUCUCUCAAACCUUCACACACUCUCUCUAAUCUACAUCUUCUUUGUCAUCACCGCUACUCCUUUAUGACUUUCUACUUUUCUACCUUUGUUCUCUCUCUCUCUCGCUUUCACCCUCUAAUUAUCUAACUAAGCAUUCCGUCCCUCACUUGUUUCUCCAACUCUUCCACCCUAUUUAUUACUCAUGUCUCACUAACAGCUACACCACCAUCUCUGCUUCUAAUAAUUCCAGCGACAAAUAGGAAAAAAAGCAGAUAAGAAGAGUGAGACGGGGUUUCUUCGGUUUAAAGAAAUUUGAGGAAAUGAUGCUGGUUGUUGAUGUCUGAUGUUGGUCCAUAUGUUCUUUGGAUUGCUUCAACCAAGUGUUUCUUCGAAAAUAUGUUUAUCAGACAAUCAGAAUAAACGAGACUUCAAUACUACUACUAAUAAUAAGACGGUCGAUAGAGUGAUUAGUUGAAGACGAACAAGAUAUAGACUUUUAGUUUCCUUCUUGUUUGGUCAUUUUGUAUUGAUAAAACCUUAGUAGAGAAAGAGUAAAUUGCUGCUAGUAACGAUAUCUUCUGAAUUUCCAGAACCUUUUAGCAGUUUUCGCUAUAGUAUCAUCAGUUUUACUGUUAUUUAUGUAGUCAAGGAUUUAUACAUAUUUAUAUUUACAGUAAUACAUACAGAGAGGAUAAGAAACAAGAGAAAUUCUCUUUUAAUAAUCUAAGAAACUCUGUGUGGAAUGUAAGGCUUUCAGUGAGAAAAAAAAAACUAUAUAUAUAUAGAAAUAUAUAUAUAUAAAUAAGGGGGAAAAGUUAGAAAGCCAAAGGAAAGCUUUGCAUUUAUAAUAAUGGUGGAACCAAUAUUCGAGUACCAGUUUCGUCUAAUACUGAUUGGAGACAGCACAGUUGGUAAAUCUUCACUGCUCAAAUACUUUACUGAUGGUAAAUUUGCUGAGGUGUGUGACCCGACCGUUGGGGUGGAUUUUUAUGCUCGCUUAAUCGAAGUUCGACCCGGCAUCCGUGUGAAGUUGCAGUUAUGGGAUACAGCUGGCCAGGAACGAUUCAGAUCCAUAACAAGAUCUUACUACCGAAACUCUGUUGGAGCUUUAAUAGUUUAUGACAUAACAAAACGCAGUAGUUUUGAACACUUGGAGGAUUGGUUGAAAGAGUCGCAGUUGCAUAUAGAACCACAUAAGGCUGUUUAUCUGAUUGUUGGCCACAAAUCAGAUAAGGAUAAUGAUCGUAAAGUGACAACCCGGGAAGGACGUCAAUUUGCUGAAUAUCAUGGACUAAGAUUUUUAGAGACUUCUGCCAAAACUGGUACUAAUGUGGAAGAAGCCUUUCUAGUUGUUGCUAGAGACAUAUAUCAAAUGUUAGAAGAAGGUAAAAUUACAGUUGAAGAAGGCUGGGACGGUGUGAAAAAUGGUUUUGCUCGACCCAAAGAGACUUUACAUUUAGUAGAGGGUGAACCAGAAGGUGGAGGUUGCUGUUGACUAUUCUCAUUCUUACGCAAUAGUUUUUCAACUACUUCCACUGCAAUCUUUCACCUCUCUUACUUUUUUCCCUGUAAUUCCGUCAUGUUUUAGCUGGAAUUCAUCUUGUAAGAGACUUCUUCCUUACAAAAUCUGUUUCCUAUAUGACUGAAAUCACUGACGAUUUAUUUUAGAGGUCGUUUCAAUAUCGAUGAGAAAACCAAAAAAUUUCUAAUCUAAAUAUUCAUUGUGUAAAUGUCUAGUUUAAAAUACUAUUGCUUGCUUCACAAUCUUAAUUUGUAUAUUAUUUGCCAGUCAACCAAAAUCAUUUAAUGAUUCUCCAUUUUCCCAAGAAAAUUGUUUUAUUAAAACAAUAAAAUAUUCAAAUGAAUCAAAAUUUAAUCACAAAAUUCCUCAUCCCCCAAUCUCAAUGCAAUGAGAGUCAUUCAUCCUCUAGCAGCAAAAUUUUCAAUAACUAACUUUUCAGGUUGGACAGAAAUAUUGCCUUGUAUUUAAUUUGGUAUAACUGAAUGAUUUGAUAUAAAAAAACAAAACAAAAAACAAAUGAGAUGUGUUAAUGAUUUGGAAAUGAUCAACCGAGAAGAUACUAAGAAAUUC